AUGGCAUCUAAUCCUAAUACAGCAUUAUAUCAAAAUUUAUCUUUAUGUGUUUAUAUUGGUAAUACAACAACAAUUGAGAAUGAUACAUUAUUGGAUUAUUGUUCACAAUUUGGAACAGUUAUUACACAUUCAUUUAACAAAGAAAAAUUCUGUGAUUUUCAUAUUAUUGAAUUUGCUGAUUUGAAAUCGUUAGAAAGUUUUCUUAAAACAAAUGAUCAUAAAAUAAAUGCAAUAAAACUUGAUAUCAAAUUUUAUAAAAAUAUAUUAACUAAUAAUGAUGCAUUAAAUAUUGAACGUAAAUUUUUUAUUGGACCAAUAUUACAUAAAAAUGAUAUAACUCAAAUUAUGGUUUUUUAUAAGAAGCAAGAUUCAACAGUAUAUUAUCAAUUAUCGAAACAAAAUGAACAAGAAUAUUUAUUACUUCAAUUUGCAAAUCGACAAACUGUUUCAAUGAUAUUAGAACAACAAAAAAUUCCAGUACUCAAUGAACAUAGGAAAUGUCAUAUUUAUAAACCUACACAUCCAAAACAAUUUGUAAAUAAAAUAAUUUCUAUGAAAAAUAAACAUAAUCAAAUACAUAUUCAUGGACUAACAAAUAAUAUUACUGAUAUAAUGUUAAUUGAUUAUUUUCAUAAACGUGUACCAGUUAUUGCUUGUCAUAUUCUUUUAAAUAAUCCAAAAUGUGCUGUUAUGGAAUUUAAUGAUGAAAAAACUGUUAGAAAAAUUCUUGAAACAUCUAAUAUAUAUCUACAAGGAACAAAUCUUGUCUUAAGUAAAGCAUCUCGUAGUCUUGCUUCAUUAUUAUCAUCAUCUACGGAUGAUAGUGAUGAUGAGAAUAUUAAAACAACAGUUAUAUCGCAACCUAUUCUUAAUUCAUUACAAACACAAAAUCUAACAUCUGUACCUACUACACACGUAAUGUCUCAAGAUAUUAUUCAACAAUUACUUUUGGCAAUGUUCAAUCCUAUACAACCUGUCAAUCGUAUAGAACCUGAAUAUAUUUCUCCACCAGAGACUAAUGAAUCAGGUUGGAUGUCACCACCACGAACUAUUGUCAGUGAUUAUCCUACUAUUGAACCAGUACCUGUUCGAUUACCAUCACAUCCUCGUGCUACUACAAUGAGUAUUAGUAUGGAUCCAGAAUAUCGACCAGAAACUAGUGAUGUAGAUAUAAAACCAUUUAAUAAAGUACCAUCGAAUAAUAUUUUACAAUUUGUUGAACAAUUUGAAAAUGAGCUUGAUCAGAUUAAAAACGAAUAUCUAUCAAAAUUUAGUAAAGAUCGAACAACUAUUGAACGAGAAAUUAAUCAAUUAAUAAAUGAAGAACGACAAACACUUAACCGUUUAGAUCGAUAUUUAAAUGAUCGUCGAAAACGUGUAGAAAAACGUCAUAAUAAAAAACGAAGACAUAGUUCACCAUCUUCAUCUGAUUAG